AUUAGUAUCAAGUUAUGAUGAUGAUACUAAUGAUCAACUUGUUUAUUUACCAUCAGCACCUGAUAUUGAAGAUCCAGAAAUUGAAUCUACAUCAUCAUCAACAACAAAAAAUCAAAUAUUAACACAAAAUUUUAUUGAAACUGAUCAAAAAUAUGAAAUACAAUUACAAACACCACCUGUUUAUGAUACACAUCCAUAUUAUGGUGGAACAAAACAAACAUGA